UCUGGGCAUUCUAUGACAAAAAAAAGCCCUGCUAAUGACCAUUUUUCUCAGGAUCACUGCAGCAUCCCCAUGGGUCACGUGAUCAAAAUUAAGAAGCUUGGCAACUGGCAUGUACUUAUAAGAGUUGAGGUGUCCCCAGGUCAAGGGAUCAUCUUUUGCAACCCUCUGACAAGCUAACUCCGUGGGGAAGCUGGAUUCCUUUAACAACCCUGUUACUAACUUACCAGCUGCAGUGAUUCACUUAACAACUGUGGCCAGACAGGUCCUACAAUGGGGCAAAACUCACUUAUCAACUGUCCUGCUUAGCAAUGGAAAUUUGGGGCUCGCCUGGGAACAAAUAGAGUUUAGAGAAGGUCAGAGGCACAUUAGACUAGUUCUCAUAAAAUAAUCCACGAAGCGGUGCCCCAGUUCCUGUCCAGAUAUUGUCUGACCUAAUUAGAAAAUAAGGGAAGCUUAAUGUCCCCAAACAAAAUGAAUCGCAGCGGAAGCCUUGUUUCAGCCUUCGAUUUAGGUGGGGUUUUCAUUGGCUUUUUUUCCUUAGGACUUAAUACCAAAUCCGUUAUCACCGCCCUGAUCUAGAACUGGAAUUGGUUAUAAAAAGCCCACAUGUCUGACCCACGGCGUUACAGACCCCAAUCGGCACACACUCCCCUGGGAUCUGUGAUUUCAGGGUGAGUUGAGAUGAAGAGGGGAAGGCAUGAGAUGGUGGAGCUGCCAGGGACCGAACGAGAAGACCAAGGCUGUCUGAAUGGCCGCUUCACCAUUAGCACCUUGAUCGGCCCUGAAGGCACUGGCACCAACCACUACAGUCCAACGGGUGCUGCUCCCUACGACAUCUCCCAAAGCAGCCACUGUACCCAUAACAGCACCUUCUACAUGCAGACCUUUGGCUACAACACUGUUGAUGUUGUGCCCAAUUAUGAAAACUAUGCCAACACCAAGAUAUCUAGUGAAAUUAAGAAUCCAAGACCAACACUUGCAGAUCUGCACUCCUUUCUUAAGCAAGAAAAUAGCCACCGGUACCCACAGAGAUACGAAGCCCACAGAAGCAACAGCUUCUCAGAAGAAGCAGUGGAAGAAGAGGCUGCUAAGGAGAAAGAGAAGAAUCAAGGAGAGCCCGUCCGAUUUGGGUGGGUCAAAGGGGUGAUGAUUCGUUGCAUGCUUAACAUCUGGGGAGUGAUCCUGUAUCUCCGGCUCCCUUGGAUCACUGCGCAAGCAGGCAUCGCACUGACUUGGGUGAUCAUUCUGAUGUCUGUGACCGUGACCACCAUCACAGGAUUAUCCAUUUCUGCCAUCUCCACCAACGGCAAAGUCAAAUCAGGGGGGACUUAUUUCCUCAUUUCGAGAAGCCUUGGGCCAGAGUUGGGUGGCUCCAUCGGUCUCAUCUUCGCUUUUGCCAAUGCCGUGGCCGUGGCCAUGCAUACCGUGGGCUUUGCAGAAACAGUGCGAGAUCUUUUGCAGGAAUAUCACUCAAGCAUGGUAGACCCUACCAAUGACAUCCGCAUCAUUGGGGUUGUCACUGUGACAGUACUGCUUGGAGUAUCCUUGGCGGGGAUGGAGUGGGAAGCCAAGGCUCAAGUUCUCUUUUUCGUGGUGAUCAUGAUUUCGUUCAUUAACUACCUGGUGGGGACAGUUAUUCCACCUAGUGAGGAGAAGCAGGCCAAAGGAUUUUUCAGCUACCAAGCCAACAUUUUUGCUCAGAACUUUGUUCCCAAUUGGCGAGGGCCUGAUGGCAACUUUUUUGGUUUGUUUUCCAUCUUCUUCCCAUCAGCCACUGGCAUCUUGGCAGGAGCCAACAUUUCAGGUGACUUGAAGGAUCCUGCUGUGGCAAUUCCUAAAGGAACCCUCGUGGCUAUUUUUUGGACAACAGUGUCAUAUCUGGUUCUUUCGGCUACAAUUGGUUCGUGUGUUGUCCGUGAUGCCUCUGGAAGCAUUAAUGAUACUGUCCUCUCUGGUUCCAUGGGUUGUGAAGGCAUUGCUUGUGGCUAUGGAUGGAACUUCACAGAGUGUACACAGACCCAUAGCUGUCAACAUGGACUCAUCAAUUAUUAUCAGACCAUGAGCAUGGUUUCUGGCUUCGCCCCUCUCAUCACAGCUGGAAUUUUUGGGGCCACCCUCUCUUCGGCUUUGGCAUGCCUCGUCUCAGCCCCCAAAGUCUUCCAGUGUCUUUGUAAGGAUGAACUCUACCCGGCCAUUGGCUUUUUUGGAAAGGGCUAUGGAAGAAAUAACGAACCCAUCAGGGGUUACAUGCUGACGUACCUCAUCGCAGUGGGCUUCAUUCUGAUUGCGGAACUGAAUGCCAUCGCUCCCAUCAUCUCCAACUUCUUUCUGUGCUCCUAUGCGCUCAUCAAUUUCAGCUGUUUCCAUGCCUCCAUUACCAACUCACCAGGUUGGAGACCCUCCUUCAGGUAUUAUAGCAAGUGGGCAGCCCUGUUUGGGGCCAUUUUUUCUGUCGUUAUCAUGUUCCUGCUAACUUGGUGGGCUGCUCUCAUUGCUAUUGGGAUUGUGGUGUUCUUGCUCGGAUACGUUCUCUACAAGAAGCCUGGAGUAAACUGGGGGUCCUCUGUUCAAGCUGGUUCCUACAACAUGGCCCUAAAUUAUUCUGUGAGUCUCAAUGAGGUGGAUGACCAUAUUAAAAAUUACAGGCCUCAAUGCCUCGUCCUGACUGGUCCUCCUAAUUUCCGCCCAGCACUAGUCGAUUUUGUAGGCACUUUUACAAAAAAAUUGAGUUUGAUGAUCUGCGGGAAUGUGUUGAUCGGGCCCUGCAGACCGGCAAAUGCUGAAGUGGGACUUGCUUCCAAAGGCCAUAUCAAGUGGCUGAUCAAGAGAAAAAUCAAGGCUUUCUACACAGGCAUCUCAGCAGAGGACCUGAGAACUGGAGCACAAGUCCUUAUGCAGGCUUCAGGUCUUGGCAGAAUGAAACCCAACAUUCUUGUGCUUGGAUAUAAGAAGAACUGGCAGGCAGCACAUCCCCAGACAGUGGAAGAAUAUAUCGGAAUCCUGCACAAUGCUUUUGACUUCAAAUACGGAGUGUGCGUAAUGCGUGUGAAGGAGGGACUCAAUAUUUCUCGGAUCAUGCAGGCUCACAUUAAUCCAGUUUUUGAUCCAGCAGAUAUUCCUCAGAAGAACAGUGAAGUACCUGCCGUAAUGGACACAUUGGAUCCUGAUGCCUUGGUGGCAGAACAACAGGCGAGUACCAUUUUCCAGAUGGAUCAAGGCAAGAAAACUAUUGACAUCUACUGGCUGUUUGACGAUGGAGGGCUGACUCUUCUCAUCCCUUAUCUCCUUGGUCGCAAAAAGAGGUGGGGGACAUGCAAGAUCCGAGUGUUUGUCAGUGGGCAGAUCAACCGAAUGGACGAGGAGCGGAAGGCGAUUGUCUCUUUAUUAAGCAAGUUUCGGCUUGGAUUUAAUGAGGUUCACGUCCUUCCAGAUCUUAAUCAGAAGCCCCAACCUGAACACGUGAAGAGAUUUGAUGACUUAAUUGCUCCGUUCAGACUGAACGAUGAUUUCAAAGAUGACGCUGUGGUGAACGAGCUGCGACGUGGCUGCCCAUGGAAAAUUUCCGAUGAAGAGGUUGCAAAAAACAAAGCUAAGUCACUUCGACAAGUGAGAAUGAAUGAAAUUUUGCUGGAUUACUCUCGGGAUGCUGCCCUUAUUUUCAUAACUAUGCCAGUUGGCCGGAAGGGAUGUCCCAGUAGCCUGUACAUGGCUUGGCUGGAGACUCUCUCGCAAGAUCUGAGGUCUCCCGUGAUCCUGAUCAGAGGCAACCAGGAAAAUGUCUUGACUUUUUACUGUCAGUAGGACCUUUUUAUUGUCAGCCGGAAGAAGGAAAUUCUGAACUGAUCCUGUUUUGCUGAUGAGCUAUCAAGAGGCUCCAUUGCAGGGAUGAAGGCCAAGAAUAAAAGACUGGAAAACAAAUUUUGUUGGAUUGUAAGAAUCCUCUUCUUCAGAACUGUUAAUGUUGUAAUAUUGGGUUUGUUCCUUGUGCUGAAUCAUAAUUUGUUUAAUCAUGGUUGGAAAAAUAAGCCGCAAUUGGUGGGGGCUCACACAAUGUGCCAUGUCAUCAAUUCUGAAUGGUAUAUUUGCUAGUGUCCCCAAGCAACCUAGGACAAUGGCUACAUUUGAGUGAAUUUCAUUUGCAUUGACACUUAAUUGAAAUUGAACAUACAGUAGCUGGAAACUAAAUAUAUUAGUGAAGAAUUUCAGACCCCAUUGAUAUCUGUUCACAAGCACUGCACAUUCAUCUUGAAUUCUGCAUUAACCCACUUCCUGGAUUCUUGUACUACACUGAAUCAUAAACUAAUUGAAUGAACUGGGCUCAACCCACCUGGUAAGCCACCCAAGAAAUAAUAAAAAUUGAAAUUCACCAAAGUUAGCCUAUUAUAUGCAUACAGCAGUUAGUUUUUGAUCUGACUUUUUAAGUUCGUGGUGCUUAAAAAUGACUAUUGAUACCAAUUUUUAGAAAUCAAAGGAGGUCAAAUCAGGGUUUCUGAACCUCCACAAUUAGAAUAGAAUAGAACAGAAUAGAGCUGGAAGGGAUCUUGGAGGUCAUCUAGUCCAGCGCCCUGCUCGAGCAGGAGAACCUAUACCAUUUCAGACAGGUGACUGUCUAGUCUCUUCUUAAAAACUUCCAGUGACGGAGUGCCCACAAUUUCUGAAGACAAGCUGUUCCACUGGUUAAUUGUCCUCACUGUUAGCACCCCUCUACAUUACGCUAAUACACCAGAAGACUUCUAGUGCAGUGUGUGAACCCAGCCACUGCAUCAUAUUGGACCGAGCAAGUUCCGACAUUUCUGGUAGAUGGAGCAAUCUCUUUCACACAUUAAGCAUUGCCUCUGUCCUAGAACCCAACUGAAUGUAGCUUAUAUUAUUAUUAUUAUUAUUAUUAUUAUUAUUAUUAUUAUUAUUAUUAUUAUUUUGCAUUAGUUGCAGUUCCUGAAUAAGUCAGCAGGGGACAGCAGGUCCUAGAAGUUUAAUAUAUUUUGACCAGGAAUUCAGCAAUUCAGGUGUCUCUCCAAUGUUAGCAGAUGGUGCAUUUCCAGCCUUGCUAUAUGCAGUAGACAAUAUACAUAGCAAAUUAAUGGAACCCCAACAGACCAGGUCUAAAUAUCUUGGGGUGCAGUUCCAGGCUUUCUUAUCUUGGAGGACACACAUCUUUUAUUAAAAUGGAGCAUGCAGGCUGCUUGUGUGUCACGUCCGAUGCAUGGGUACGUCGUCCGCACUGGUUGUGAUGGCGCUGCUUGGCUUGUGGCACUGCUCAGCUUGUGAUUAGUCAUGUUAUUGCGCGCUGAGUGCUUACUGAAGGCGGGGACCAUUAUGUUUCGUUACACAACUGACAUGUGUGGGUGUGUGUACAGUGAUUGACUCCGUGCAAAAGGUUCUCUUGCCGCCCCCACCCAACCCUCACAGAGCACCCUUCUCCUCCUGCCCAUCGUCCCAUCCGCCA